AUGGCAGCACCAGAUAUUUCUGCAUUUGUCCGAGCCAGGGCAGCAGCUUACCCCAUUUUUGAGAUGAUUGAGAGGAACAAAACAAGCAAAUCAAGCUCAAAAACAGGCCAAAAACUAGGAAAAUUGGAGGGUCACAUUGAAUUCAAGGGCGUAUGUUUUAGCUACCCAUCGCGUCCUGAUGUAAUUAUUUUUGAUAAAUUCUGUCUUGAUAUUCCUUCUGGGAAGAUUGUAGCUCUUGUUGGAGGAAGUGGAUCCGGAAAGAGUACCGUUAUAUCUUUGAUUGAACGCUUCUAUGAGCCUCUAUCCGGAAAGAUACUGUUAGAUGGGAAUGAUAUCACGGACCUUGACCUCAAGUGGCUAAGGCAACAAAUUGGACUAGUAAGCCAGGAGCCUGCCCUUUUCGCAACAAGUAUUAGAGAGAACAUUCUCUAUGGAAAAAGUGAUGCCACCCUUGAUGAAGUUAUAAGUGCUGCUAAACUUUCAGAAGCUAUGUCUUUUAUCGACAACCUCCCUGAUGGAUUGGAAACUCAGGUUGGUGAGAGGGGAAUACAACUAUCAGGAGGGCAAAAACAAAGGAUUGCAAUAUCACGAGCAAUAAUUAAGAAUCCAUCAAUUCUCUUACUAGAUGAAGCUACAAGUGCCCUAGAUGCUGAGUCAGAGAAAAGUGUUCAAGAGGCACUUGAUCACGCCAUGGUGGGAAGAACUGCUAUAAUUGUGGCUCAUCGUCUUUCAACCAUUAGGAAUGCAGAUGUGACUGCUGUUGUUCAGGAAGGGAAGAUAGUGGAAAUCGGCAGCCAUGAAAAGCUCAUCUCAAAUCCAAAUAGUGCAUAUUCAUCACUUGUUCACCUUCAGGAGGCAGCUUCUGUGCAAUGCCACUCCUCUGUCAGUCCUCCCUUGGGAUGGCCACUCAGACAGUAUUCAGGAGGAUUAUCCUACACAAGGACAAGCUUUACUGAAAGUUUUCGUUCUGAAAACGGCUCAUUCAGUCAUGCUGGUGUUGAUGCAAUGGAGCCUAUUAGGCCAAAACCUGUUUCACUGAAAAGACUGUAUUCCAUGCUUGGCCCUGAUUGGAUUUAUGGCGUUGUUGGAACAAUUAGUGCCUUCGUUGCUGGAGCGCUGCUGCCACUUUUCGCACUUGGAAUGGCCCAAUCUCUCGUAGCCUAUUACAUGGACUGGCACACAACCUGUCUAGAGAUCAGAAAGAUUUCAAUACUAUUUUGCUGUGGUGCGGUAAUUAGCAUUUUUGCCUAUGCCAUUAUGCAUUUGUGUUUUGGAAUCAUGGGAGAGCGACUUACUCUUCGUGUGAGAGAAAUUAUGUUUUCCGCCAUUUUGAGGAACGAGAUUGGAUGGUUUGAUGACUUGAGCAAUACCAGUUCAAUGCUCACAGGACGUCUACAGAGUGAAGCAACUUUGUUGCAAACCAUAGUCGUUGAUCGCACAACAAUUCUCUUACACAACGUUGGUCUGGUUGUCACCUCAUUUAUCAUUGCUUUCAUCUUAAACUGGAGGAUCACACUCGUUGUCAUAGCCACAUAUCCACUUCUGAUCAGUGGUCACAUCAGCGAGAAACUCUUUAUGCAAGGGUUUGGUGGCAACUUGAGCAAAGCAUAUUUAAAGGCUAACAUGCUGAUUGGAGAGGCUGUAAGUAACAUCCGCACUGUUGCAGCAUUUUCUGCUGAAGAGAAGAUCCUUGAUCUUUAUGCUCAAGGGCUCGUGGAACCUUCCAACCACGCAUUUCUUCGUGGUCAGAUUGCAGGAAUAUUCUAUGGCGUAUGCCAAUUCUUUAUCUUCUCAUCUUAUGCGCUUGCACUAUGGUACGUAGCUUUAUCUGACUCUAACGUGACUUCUUGUUUGAUAGUGUGGAUCACAUAA